CGGUGACGUCAUGGGGGGCGCCGUCUACCAGCUCCGCGCGCUCGGGCCCCCAGCUGCAAGUUGGGUCGCGUUUGCUAUCGGGUUAGCGUGCCGGGCGGCCUCGGGCUCCAGGAACCUCCCCACCACAGACCGACGAGAGAGGCUGUGGUAGUCGAGGCUGCGGAAGACGGUGGAGCGAGGUAUAGGGCGAGCGACUCCUGAAGGAGACGUCAUCAGAGCGCACCGGAAGCGGCUUGAGAAUGCAGAGUGUGAUCUACCAUGCGUUUUCUCAGAAAGAGGCAAAGGAGUUGGAUGUUCAGCAUCCGGGAGCCCAGCGGGCCGAGGCCUUCGUGAGGGCCUUCCUGAAGCGCAGCACGCCCCGCAUGAGCCAGCAGGCCCGCGAGGACCAGCUGCAGCGCAAGGCCGUGGUUCUGGAGUACUUCACUCGCCGCAAGCGGAAGGAGAGGAAGAGGAAGUCCAGAGGCCUCUCUGCCAGGCAGAGGAGGGCGCUGCGGCUCUUUGACAUCAAACCAGAGCAGCAGAGGUAUAGUCUUUUUCUCCCUCUCCACGAACUCUGGAAACAGUACAUCCGGGACCUGUGCAAUGGUCUCAAGCCAGACACGCAGCCACAGCUGAUUCAGGCCAAGCUGUUAAAGGCAGAUCUUCACGGCGCCAUUGUUUCAGUCACCAAAUCCAAGUGCCCCUCCUAUGUGGGUGUCACAGGAAUCCUUCUACAGGAGACAAAGCACGUUUUCAAAAUCAUCACCAAAGAAGACCGCCUGAAAGUUAUCCCCAAGCUAAACUGUGUGUUCACUGUGGAAAUCGACGGCUUCAUUUCCUACAUUUAUGGGAGCAAAUUCCAGCUUCGAUCAAGUGAGCGGUCUGCGAAGAAGUUCAAAGCGAAGGGGACGGUUGACCUGUGAGCACCUGCUGCCGAAGGCGCUGGUGUGUGACCCGAACAGCCGCCUUUCAGGGAAGAGACGCUCAGGCCCGUUCUGCUGGUCGAGCACCUCCAGCCAAUUAAAAGCUGCGAGAAGGACCCUUGACUGGGGAGAAACGCGCUGUGCUGAGUGAGGACGUGGGGAGCAGCGGGCAGAUGUCCCCGGCACUGAGCCCGUGUGCCUCCCGUGAGAGGAGGGGCUGGCAGAGAACACCGGCAUUCACACGGGUUGACUUGAACAGUGGGGUGGUUUGGUUUUUAGUUCUUCUUCCUACUUUUCUGUGUUGUCUGAAUGCCCUGUGCUAAAUCAGUUGUUUGUGUCAUAAUAAAAUACACACGGGGGCGUAAACAAUUCCUGUGGCUCAGCCAAGUGGGA